AUGAACGGCUUCUGUCUGGUAACGCCCGCCUCACGCGGCAUAGGCUUUGCCCUGGCCAAACACUUAUUACAGCAUACAAAUACCCCUGUCGUAGCCACGGCGCGUCGCGACUGCGAAGGAACUCGACAGCGACUGUUGGACGGGAUCCCGGGGGACAAGAACCUGCACGUUCUGCCUGUCGAUGUAACAGACGAAUCAUCCAUCGCCGCGCUGGCAGCACAUAUCCGCCAUCACUUCCGCAAUACUCCGCUUCGCCUAGCCCUGACAAUGCCCGGAGUACUACAUGUGGAAAAGUCACCGGCCCAAAUAGAUGCCGAAAAUGCACUGGACAGCUUUAAAGUAAAUACGCUUGGACCGUUAUUACUACUGAAGCAUCUCACACCUUUUUUACCUACGCGCUCUAGUCCUAGUCUUAAAAGAAUGGAGGGUUGUCUCCCGGGACAUGCGGUCUAUGCCAUGAUGGCUGCUCGCGUCGGCUCAAUUUCAGAUAAUCGACUGGGAGGCUGGUAUUCGUAUCGGGCUAGUAAAGCAGCGGUUUUCCAAUUGGCCAAGACGCUGGAUGCGUAUCUGCAGGCGAGCAGUGGUGAGCGGGCGAUGGCGGUGGCAUUGCAUCCGGGAACGGUUCGCACGGAUUUUACGCGCGAGUUUUGGGAUGGCGGAGCGCGUGAGAUGCUUGAGCCGGAUGAGGCGGCGGCCAAGUUGUUGCAGGUUCUCUGCGAGUUGGAUAUGGCUUAUGGACGGGGAAGAUGUUGGGAUUGGCGGGGGGAGGAGGUUGUUCCUUGA